AUGUCAAUCAAUCCAGUCGCUGAUGUUAAGCCUUUCAAAACAAUGUGGAAGAUCAAGGUCAAAGUCAUCCGGUUGUGGAAACAAUACUCAGCUGCUGGAGGUGAAACUAUUGAAAUGGUUCUUUGCGAUGUUAAGGGUGCUAAGAUUCAUGCAUCGGUGAAAAGGGAGUUGGUUGCUAAAUUCGAUCACUUCCUAAGACAAGGACAUUCGUUGAUGUUGAUCAAUUUUGUUGUCACACAUUCCUGUGGUUCCUACAGGACCACUAAUCAUGCUUACCGGAUUAGCUUCCUGUCCACAACACGUGUACGACCAUGUGAGCAACUGCCUGAGUCUUUAUCAGGUUUUGAGCCAGUGAAGUUCAAAGAAGUACUAGAUGAUAUAAUCGGGCAGAUUAUUAAAAUCAGUCAUCUUGAACAUGUUAAUGUCAAUGGGAAAGAAACCGAGAAGAUUUCUUUACAGUUGCGCAAUUCGGACGAUGAUAAACUUCCGGUUGUUCUUUGGGGUAAAUUCGCCUGUGAUGUUAAUGAGGCGAUGCAGGUUCGAGAUGAGCAUUGUACCAUUUUGGUUUUACGAUUUGGGAAAAUCAAAGAGUGGAAGGAAGAAAGAAGUGUCAGCAAUGCCUACAAUGUGAGUGAAUUAGGUUUGAAUCUUCCAAUGAUUGAAGUUCUAAAGUUCACUGAUAGUUUGCCUAAAGAUGACCUUCCUUUAGCCAUCGUGGAGUCUAAGUACGCGGCUAUUGCGAAUGGUGUUUCGGAUAAAGAUGAUUUCUUUACCCAUACACCAAGAAAAACCAUUGCUCAAAUGAAGGAAACAAAACAGGUUGAAAAGUGUAUUCUGAUGUGCACCAUUGCUGGGAUUGAUUCUGAUAUGGGGUGGUUUUAUCUGAGCUGCAAAGUGUGCUCUAAAAAAGUCUUGACCGUUCCAGCUGUCAACGACGAUGACGGUAAUGACGAUGAUGAUCUGAAGCACACAUAUUAUUGUGUAAAGUGUGAGGCUUACAAUCCUGUCACAGUUCCAAGGUAUAAAUUGCAUUUAGUGGUGCUUGAUAACACAAGCAACACAAAGCUCAUGGUGUUCGAUAAUCUUGCUGUGCAACUGGUCAACAAGCCAUGCUUGCAGAUUGCUGGUCCUUCAGAUAAAGUCGAGUUUGAGGAAACCAAUGUGCUUCCUCCGGUUCUUAACACCAUCAUUGGCAAAACGUGUCAAUAA